AUGAAAAAAAAAAAAAAAAAAAAAAAAAAAAUAGUGAGAGGAGACUCACUCAUGGCCUUUGAGACAGAGGAUCAUGAGACUCACUACUGCUUUCCUGCCAUCAACUCAUCAUGUAUCAAGGGAAAACGCUCCAGUCAUGAAUACAACAUCAUGUAUGUGUUUUUUUCACUGCUGUCAGCAUGGACUGUGUUUCUGAACCUGCUGGUGAUCAUCUCCAUCUCUCACUUCAAGAAGCUUCACACUCCAACCAACCUGCUCAUUCUGUCUCUGGCUGUGGUCGACCUGCUUGUUGGACUUAUUGUCAUGCCUGUGGAGGCCAUUAAAUUGAUAGAGACAUGUUGGUACUUUGGAGACUCUUACUGUGGACUGUUUACUUUUACCCUCAAUCUGAUUAUCUCAGCAUCACUCAGUAAUUUAGUUUUAAUUGCUAUUGAUCGUUUUGUUGCUGUGUGUUACCCUUUACAGUACCCACAGAAAAUAACCACAACUAAAACUUUAAUAAGCAUCUGUCUUGGCUGGCUUUAUUUUUCAGCCUAUUGCACUUCCUGUGGAAUUAAUAAUGGAUAUUUUAUCACCUCACACAGACGACAUGCAUGUUAUGGCGAGUGUGCCAUUAUAGUGAGUUUUGCCUGGAGAGUCACUGACCUCUUUGUGUUUUUUUUUUUACCUUGUAUUCUGAUCAUAAUUUUUUAUAUAAGAAUUUUCUAUGUUGUGCAUCAGCAAGUGAAAGUUAUAAACUCUCUGGUGAAGGGUGGUAAAUCUGUAAUGGAAGGUUCAGUGAGGAGGAAAUCUGAGCGCAAAGCUGCUCUGACAUUAGGAAUCAUUGUAACAGUUCAUCUACUUUUCUGGAUUCCGUACUACAUUUGUUCUCUAUCAGCAGUCUCUUCAACAACCAUAAAUCUUUUGUCAUGGGUUGUGUAUGUUAACUCAGGUCUGAAUCCUUUGAUCUAUGCUUUAUUUUACCCCUGGUUUAGAAAGACAGUCAAACACAUCUUAACUCUCAAAAUAUUUCAGCCAGCAUCCUCUCUGGUUAAUGUUUUUACAGAACACCAAUAAUAAUUAAACUGCUACUAAGCAAACUUCUUUUCACACAUACUAAAAUUAAGUAACGAAAUGU